CAUGUCUCCACUGGGAACUUUUUUCAUUUUUUUCAAACUUAGACCACUCUUUCUAAGUGUUAGGCUGUUUAGUGAGAGUGAAGAGAGAGAGACCCCGAUGUUGCUGUGAUUUGACUAAACAAACAGCCAUUCUCAGAGCGGUACCUCCUCCCAACGGACUCCUGGGACAGCAGAGAUUAACCUCAGACUCUGAACAUCUGAGAGAGCUGGACAUUUGAAGCAGUGGACCCUGGAGGGACCACAGCUGGAAAACUCUUCUCUGAUUUCCCUUUGUUGGCCGGCAGUUUUUCCUUUUUUUUGGGAGGGGGGUCAGACAGUGAAGACUCGUCCGUGUCUGCAGGAGCGCUCUGAAGAAUAGCGGGGUAACAAGGCAGCCACAAUGAGGAGGCUGAAAGCAUCUGUGCUCCACCUGAUGGCGACUUUUGCAGCUUUAGUGUAUUUCUGCUCUGAAGUGCACGGCCUGGAGAUCACCCCUCAUGACAAAGAGUUUGUCCUGGCACAAGGCUCCUCUCUCAACCUAACCUGCUCGGGCUCCUUGGAUGCAUUGUGGGAAUUUAAGAGGGAUGAUUCACAAAGGUUGCUUGAGGAGCAAGAUGAAAAUGGGAAUCCAAGAUACAUAAUAUUUCGGAGUGAUCCCAAGUCGAUUGUUCUAUUCCUGAAGAGUGUGAGCUGGAAGGAUACUGGCGUGUAUCAGUGCAUUGAUCAUAAUUCUAGUGAGACACGUGAAGUGGCAGUUUUUGUUCCAGAUCCUGAAGUUUGGUUUGUAAAGAGCGACCACGGCAUGGUGACAAAGAUCAGUGAAGAAAGCAUCGUCCCCUGUGUGGCCACCAACCCAAACAUCACUGUUACCCUGUACGAGAGGGACACCAACAGACCAAUCAAAGGGCAGUAUCUACCCGGCGAGGGGUAUAAGGCACAGCUGGAGGACAUAACAUACGUGUGUCAGGGAGAGCUGAAUGGGAAGCUGAAAAAGUCUCAGGAGUUUAAUGUCGUCAGCAUUACAGUGCCUGAGAACAUCGACCCUUAUAUCAACACUUCAAAGACGGUCCUAAAGCAGGGCGAACCACUGACUAUAAACUGCACUGUGCAUGGAGUAGAGCUGGCGAUUUUUUCUUGGCACAUUCCCUUCACAGCGGCUGCCGAGGCUCAUCCACAGACAUAUGAGUCCACAAAGAGCAUGCACUCCUGCCUGAUCUUCCCUCGUACUAUGGUGGGCUACAGUGGAAACUACGUCUGCCACGUCAAAGAAACGGUCGAGGGACUCUCGGCGUUUUCCAGCGUCAGCAUCACCGUGCUUGAAAACGGUUUUGUGGAGGUGAAGCCUUCCCAGGGGCAGAACAUUUCAGCCAAGCUUCAGGAGAAUGUGGAGCUGAGAGUGGACAUUGAGGCUUACCCUGCCCCUCAAGUUCGUUGGACCAAAGACGGGACCACCAUCAUGGGAGAAAAAACUAUCACCAUAAGACAGGAGCAUGAAAUAAGGUAUGUGACCAUUCUCACCCUGGUGAGGGUGAGGGCAGAGCAGAAAGGCCUCUACACAGUCAUCAUUUCUAAUGGAGACGACACAAAGGAAGUUACCUUUGACCUGGAGGUCCAAGUUCCUGCUCAGAUUAAAGACCUCACCGAUCACCAUUUCCCGGGAAUGAAAGACGUGGUGACCUGCGUCGCUGAGGGGUUUCCAACCCCGACCAUACAGUGGUACAGCUGUGACAGCAUGCUCAAGUGUAGCAACCAUACAGCCGAAUGGCAGCCGCUGAUGCCACAGCUGGAGGACCUGAGCAUCCAAACCAACAUCAGCUACAACGAGGCGCGUAAAGUCAGCUUGGUGAGGAGCCAGGUGACCUUCCACAAGCCUCAGCAGGUCACAGUUCGCUGUGAGACCGCCAACCAACCCGGGCACGUCAGCAGGAGGGAUGUCAAACUGGUGUCCAGCACCUGGUUCUCCCAGGUGGCAGUACUGGCUGCUGUUCUGGCUUUAGUGGUCAUUGUUAUUUUGUCGAUCAUCAUCCUCAUCGCCGUAUGGAGGAAGAAACCACGCUAUGAGAUCAGAUGGAAGGUGAUAGAGUCUGUGAGCCAGGAUGGACAUGAGUAUAUCUAUGUGGACCCCAUCAACCUGCCCUAUGACCUGGCCUGGGAGAUGCCCCGAGCAAACCUGGUGCUGGGUCGCACGCUUGGAUCGGGAGCAUUUGGCCGGGUGGUCGAGGCAACUGCGUACGGUCUCACGCAUUCCCACUCCAGCACAAAGGUGGCAGUGAAAAUGUUGAAAUCCACAGCCAGGAGGAGUGAGACUCAGGCCCUGAUGUCUGAGCUGAAGAUCAUGAGUCACUUGGGACCUCACCUCAACAUUGUCAACCUACUUGGAGCCUGCACCAAACAUGGCCCUCUUUACCUGGUUACCGAGUACUGUCGCUAUGGUGACCUUGUGGACUACCUGCACAGAAACAAGCACACCUUCCUGCAGUACUACGCUGAGAAGAACCAGGACAGCGGCUGCAUCAUCUCCAGAGGAAGCACCCCUCUCAGCCAGAAAAAAGGUUAUGUGUCCUUUGGAACAGAGAGCGAUGGAGGAUACAUGGACAUGAGCAAGGACGAGCCCUCAAUCUACGUGCCUAUGCAGGAGCAGGUGGACACCAUCAAAUAUGCAGACAUCCAGCCGUCUCCGUAUGAAUCCCCCUACCAGCAAGACCUCUACCAGGAACAAGGUGGAAGCAGACUGGAUCUGGUGAUCAGCGACUCUCCCACCCUCACCUACGAUGAUCUCCUGAGCUUCAGCUACCAGGUGGCAAAGGGAAUGGAAUUCCUGGCCUCAAUGAAUUGUGUCCAUCGCGACCUGGCUGCCAGGAAUGUGUUGAUCUGUGAGGGCAAGCUGGUGAAGAUUUGUGAUUUUGGCCUGGCCAGGGACAUCAUGCAUGAUUCCAACUACAUCUCCAAAGGCAGCACAUUCCUGCCCCUGAAGUGGAUGGCACCGGAAAGUAUUUUCCACAAUUUGUACACCACCCUGAGCGACGUUUGGUCAUAUGGCAUCCUUCUUUGGGAAAUUUUCACUCUUGGAGGAACCCCUUACCCUGAUUUGCCCAUGAAUGAAAUCUUCUACAGUGCUUUGAAGAGAGGCUACAGGAUGGCCAAGCCUGCCCACGCCUCUGAUGAAGUGUAUGAGAUCAUGAAGAAGUGCUGGGAUGAGAAAUUUGAGAAGAGGCCUGAGUUUUCACUGCUGGUGCACAAUGUGGGAAAGAUGCUGAUGGACAGCUACAAAAAGAGAUACAACCAAGUGAAUGAAAACUUUCUGAAGAGUGACCACCCUGCAGUGGGUCGCACCAAACCUCAGCUCUCCUCUCCAUUUCCCAUCUCCAACCCUGCCUUUGGCUCUCCCUCUCCAAUCACCCACUCCCCGCCGGGCCACCGCAGCCAGAGCCAGAGGCCUGGAGAUGUAGGGCGAGAGGCAGAUACACAGGAAGUCAUACCUUCAUACAACGGGUACAUCAUUCCGCUCCCCGACCUUAAACCUGAGGAUGUUUUCACUGAAGUGCCAUCAGAAAGCCCUGCAAGCUCUCUGGCUCUGGGGGAGGAGGCCGACUUCACGUCUCAGGACACGGCUGAAACUCUUCCAGAGGAAGACAGGAUGGAGGACACCAGCGAGAGGGACGCUCUGCUGGGCUACAAUGGGACGCCUGAGGCAGAAGACAGUUUCCUGUAGCCCUACGUGAGAACGGUGAGGACACAGAGCCCCUUUCUUUAGGCUGAGAAGAAACCCAACUAAAACCGAAAUGUAGCAAAAACUGAGACUGUGAAGCAAUCCCUGUAGUUUCACCAAGCCCUCAAAAAGUGCUUCCUCCUUUGAGUUUUUUUUUACAUAUAUAAAAUUACAAAUAAUGAAAAUGGUACAAUCUAUCUCACUCUUCUGGAAGCUUGUCAGGAGAUGAAUAAGGUCACAUUCCUACACAAUCAGUUUAACCAAAGUAGUGUUGGUGUUUACUGUAGUUCCCAGGUCCGUCAGACACAAAAGGCCUUAAGAAGUUAAGAAUGUGCUUUAUUUUAGAGGUGACUCUGUUUGAUUGUCGUAUCUGAGCAUAUGUGAUCUUUGAGAAGCGGGUUGUUUUUGUUUUUUUUAGCUUUCACAGAGAAAAAUAAUGUGCAAAAGAACAUUGUCUCACAGCAGUGACUAACACUUGUUUUAAAACAUGAUCAGAUUUAGACAGUUUAUUAUUAAAUUACACUUAUCUUUAACUUUUUUUCUUAUGUUAGGUAUUAUCAGCAGUCUUAUUCAUUAUAGUAUGUUUAAAAAGUUUCAUUUAUAGGAUCAGCAAUGGAGAUCCCUUGGUGCACAGUUGUUUUCUUUUUAGUUAGUUUUUAUUAACAUCUGAGGCUUUUUUUUCAAUUUUGUGGGCUUAUUUCAUAGUUUUGUAUCAGAUUUGCACUUUAUUUAGAGAAUAUGAGGAUAUCUGCAUCAAAGGUACAAAGUUACCCUCUUUGAAUGCUAGAGAGCUGCAACACAAAGCAACUACAGCAUCAAUCUGUGAAUAUUAGAUUGAUUCGAAUCAAAUCUAAUAUCUGUGAAAGCAGGGGAAACACUCAAGCAGCAUAUCACUGCCCUGGCACACGAGUGCCCUUGUACUGACAGACUUUUUAUUCAUAGCUGUUGCAAAAGGGGUUGCUUUAAUGUACAGUGGAUAUAAAUUACUGUUAAAAUGUCAGAUUGAUAAAUGAUUUCAGAACUUUUUCCACCUUUAAUGUGACAAUCUGCAUUAUUCAAACAAAUCUGUUAAGGGGAAACAUGAAGAAAAUUAAAAAGCUGCAAUAACCUUGUGCAGACUUGAACUACUGAAGCACAUUUUGAUUAAAUACCAGCAUGCAGUCUUCAUGGAUACAUAGCGCCCAUUAUUUAUAGAGAAUCUGAUUAACUGUAAAAAGAUAUCAGUAAGGUAAAGUCAUUGUGAAGUCAUCGGCCUCUAAAACUGGACGUUUUUCAAUAUUAGGUAAAAACACAAUACAGAAACUGGUCAUGGAGGCUGCUCAGAGCCUGCCAGAAGGAGGAAGGAGCUGCAGGGUUUUCUAGUAAGCACUGGUUGCGUUUUAUAUGACAACUCUCUCCUCUAUUCUCUAUAUGUUUGGACUAAGUAGGAGUGUGGAGAGACAGAAACCAUUUCUUCCUAUGAAAACACCUUAACCUGGCUAAAAUGUCCCAUCACCUUGCAGGGGAAUAAGUUAUGAUGUGGUGAUAUCAGACCUAAGCUUUUGGCCACAAUUCCAGAAAAGGUUUGGCACAGAAAAAAGAAAAAGAAACAAGCACCACCAGAAAAACACAUUGACCAUAGUGAAACAUGGUGGUGGCAGCAUUAUGUGCUAGGGUUAUGUUUCUUCACGAGGAACCAAGCUUUUUUUCAAGUCGGAAAAAAUCUUGAACAGUCAGUCAAAAUGAAUGGUGAUUUUAGCUUUCAGCAUACGUUAAAAUCUCAAAUAGACUCGCUGUGCUAAAGAGGAAAUUAAAGUCUCAAUGCUAGAAUUAAAAUAAAAGCAGCUUCAACCAGUUAAUGUUUAAGAGUGUGCACACCUAUGCAAUCAGGUUAUUGUUUCUCUUUAUUUUUUAAAUAAUAAUUUUUUUUUUUUUUUAAACAGAUUCAUUGGGAGUUUGUUGGUAAAAAUAUAUAGAACACAUCACUAUAAAGGGGGAAAAAAAUUGUCAAAUUUUUUGUGUCGUAAAUGCUCGGCAUUUAAACAGGGGAAGGUAUACUUUUUUCAUCCACCGUACGGUAAAAGCCUAAAGUGCACCUAUAAACAUAAUGCUGUUGCUUUGGGUCAAUUUUCCUUACAUUGUGUUUUACAUCUCAGUACUUAGCAUAUCCAUUAAAAGAGCACAUCCUUAUUUCCUGACGAUGUAAAAACUACACAAUCACUAUGUCACAAGCUAUGGUACCAAAGCUCUUGUUAACUUUUGUAAAUGUAUUUUUAUAUGUCUUUUUUGUAUUCUGUAAAUGUGUCAAUAAAUCAGUAAUAUCACAAUA